AUGCCGUCCACUAAGAAGACUCUGCAUUUCGUGUCCAGCGCGCUGCUCACUGCCAUCUCCGUGGGGCUGCUGGGAUAUGCCAUGUCAACAGACUGGGUCGUACUGGAGAUGGACUGCGACAGAGAAGUAACCGGGAACUUCAGCGGGAGUGCCGAGAUCACGUUGCAGCUUUUCAAUGGGGAAAUGGUCAGAAACAUGUGUCCCAACUUUGGAAGUGAAGAUUCAUUUCAAGUGAUUCCGGCGCUGAUGGACACGACCAACUCUGCCCCUGGGAUCCUGCACGGUCUGGUUGUGUGCUUCUUGGCCUGCUGUCUGCUGUUUUCUGCCGGCAGCAUCCUUAUCUCCCUGUACAACAGCGUCAGUAACCCUUACCAGACCUACAUGGGGCCUGGCGGAGUCUACGCCUGCAGCGGUCUCUGCGCCUGCACGGCCCUGGUGGCCCUCGUCAUAUUUGUGGUGAACGUCAUCGCGACCCCCAUGGCGGAGAGCUUGGUGCAGAGCUUCUCCCAGGGCAUCCCGACAGAGCUGAGAAACAAGAAAUCAGAGAUGCGCACCGGAGUCUACCUGGUCGUCCCUUACAUCGUGUUGUCUCUCGCCGCCAUCGGCUCCAUCUACAAGUACGAGCACGCGGCCUACACGCACCGACGCGAGCAGCAGAGGCCCACGGAGGACGCGCCAAAGGAGAUCAUGAUGUAUUAG